AUGCUCGUCUCCAUCAAGUUUGCGACCUUAUGGAGUGGCGUGCUCUCGGCGUUUGUAGUGGGUACUUGCUUCAUUGGAGCGCUUAUUAUUUCUAACGAGAUUUCCUCUAUGCACGACGACGUCAUGGACAUCAUUGGAGAAUUCAAGAUAUGUCGUCUUUAUCGAAUACAUAGAAUGAGAUGCAUAACAACACAACUUGAAGAUUGUGGGCUACCACGCCGAAGCUGCCCACCAGGUCCUCCCGGUCCGCCGGGUGCACCUGGUAAGCCCGGACUAAUUGGUGCAGAUGGUGAAGUAGGACCACCAGGCUUGCCAGGUUUCAAGACUUCUGCACCACCUGCCAUCCAACCACAACUUUUGAUCAAAUGUCCUCCUGGGCCGCCAGGUUUCCCAGGAAUAACAGGAACUCCAGGGCCGCCUGGUAGACCUGGGCAGCCAGGCAAACGAGGUGCGGCAGGUGCUGACGGAGAACGAGGUGAUCGUGGUGAGCCAGGUUAUCCGGGCGAACCUGGGAGGAGUGGACAGGACGGAAUGGAUGGUGCACCAGGACGAGAUUGCUUCACAGGUAUCGGCAUGCCAGGUCCUCCUGGAAGACCUGGACUACGAGGCAAACAGGGUAUACCCGGUAGAGCCGGGGAGAUGGGCAAGGGUGGAGAACCCGGUCAAGAGGGUUUCCAAGGAAAUGCCGGCAUGGAUGGAAUGGCUGGUCUGCCCGGUGAAAACGGACAGCCAGGUAUCGCGGGAAAUCCUGGAGAUGAUGGCGGUUACUGUGAAUGUCCUGAGAGAGCGAAAUCAAGAACCGAUCAACAACAAAUGCGCGCCUAG